AUGGCCAAUUACACGAGUUUGAAAGUGAUUGAGCUGAAAGAGCUUCUAAAAGAGCGUGAUUUGGGUGUGUCUGGUACAAAGCCCGAGCUCGUGGCUCGUUUAGAAGAGGACGAUGCUAAGAGAGCUGCGACUGCUGGCACAGCUGGUUCUGAGCCCGCUGUUGCUGACGCUGCUGCUGAUGCUGUUGAUGCUGGUGCUGAUUCCACUGCUGUCGCUACUGAAACUCCGACUGUUGCGACUGCUCCUGCUGCCGAGGCUGCUCCGGCCACUGCUACAUCGCCCAUUGUCGUCGAUUCCGAACCUGUGGUUGUCAGUGAAACCACUGCUAGCGAGCCAGCCGCUGCCUCGACUGAAACAUCCGAGUCAAAAGAGUCCGACACUGAAGCUGUCAUUGCUGAGCUGGAAAAACGGGUCAACCGUCUCAACAAGUACGGCCAGCCAGAAGAGGCUGCCGAACUCACUCGCAAGAUCGAGAGAAUCAAGAAACUCGGGCUCGGAGAAUACAAAAAUGCCGACAAAGUGCUCAAGACCGUCAAGAACAAGUCCGACAGCUCCGUCACCAAGAAGUCGGCCGCCUCAAAAUACAACAUCCCCGAAGAUGUGCUCGCAAAGCGCAAGGCCCGCUUUGCUAGUAGCACUUAA